AUGGCAUCCAGCAGUGGGCUUAGACGACGACCCAACUUAGCGAUGCGGUCAGAAGAGGCCUAUGUAGCCAACAACGGCAAAGUCUUUCCCUCGGAGAAGCAAGAAUCAUUAGGAUACAAGAUCGAAGAGACACCACGAGUAGUGCGGCGAAUGGCAAUUGACACACCAACCGGCAGACUGAUUCAUCACGCUUUGGGUCUUUCCUUGCUCUGGUACAUUUACUGCCGCGUCAAAGGAUGUAUUCAGCCUCAAAAUGGGUCACCUCUCAGCAGUUGGAUCCUUUGGCUCUUUCUAGCGUGUGAAUUCAUCCCAGCUCCGAUCGAUUUUAUCCAGUACUUCGAGCUUUCUCUUACGCUCUUACCGCCCUAUGGACGAAAGGAUCCGCCCAUGCGCAGGCUACUCGCCGGUCCAGCGCCAAUCGUUCACAUAUUCCUGACGGUCUGCGGUGAAGAUGAAGAGGUGAUUAUGGACACAGUGGCAGGUGCCGCUGUGCAAGACUAUCCAAAGACUUCCUUCCGUGUCUUCGUUCUUGACGAUGCGAACAGAUCGUCACUCAGAGCCGCAGUGGAAUCUUUCAACGUGGAGCAUGUGCAGAGAGGGUACCUCCCUGUCGUGUACGAAGCCAGACAUAAGGAACCCGGAGUACCGCAUUACUACAAAUCUGGAAAUCUGCAUCACGGCAUACAACUUUCCCGCGCCAGAUAUGGUAGCUCUGAAUUCAUUGCUGGCCUCGACGCUGAUCAGAUUCCUCAGUCUGACUGGCUGCAACUCACGGUUCCUCAUUUGAUAGUCGCUCCUGACCUUGCUCUCGUCAGCCCGCCACAGUUCUCGUACAACAUGCCGGAAGACGACAUACUCGGGCAAGACCACGGAUGCUUCCAAAACAUCCUUGAGCCAUUGAGAGGUCGGAGGAACUGCAGUCAGUGUAAUGGCUCAGGGUACAUCCUCCGACGCGCCGCUUUGGACUCCAUUGGUGGCUGGCCUCUUUGCAACGUGGGAGAAGACCUCAUCUGUUCAACACGUCUCUUAGCGCAGGGCUGGUCAAGUGCCUUCAUACCCGACCAGAUCCAAGCUGGACUAGCUCCUGAAUCGUUUCAUACGCUGAUCGCACAGCGAAUGCGUUGGUCUACAGGCGAACUAUUGCUCGCAAAGAAAUUCAAUUAUUUCUUACCCUUCCUCAACACAACCAGCAUGGCAUGGAAGCAGCGAAUACAUUGGAUCGUGCAUUCGUUCAAGAACUACGUCUGCUUGCUAUUGCUCAUCCCUCUUUUCGGCAGCCUCCUCUUGCCUGCCGUGGGCAGUACACUAUCGACCACAGUUGAUCGUAGGCGGAUCCGCAUGGCCUACCUCCUCUUCUUCCUGGCCAAUAGAGUCUGGCAGCAUUUGAUGUUCGCCAGGAUCGGCACGGGCAACUGGUGGAAUAUGGAAAGGUACAAACACUGGAUCAUCCCUUACCAGAUCAACUCCGUCAUUCAAUCGUUCAAAACGGACGUCAAGAAAGCAGAAUUCGUGGUGACCGGCAGUUUCCAAGAUCCUCUGAAUGAGAGGUCGGAGAAGGAUCGAUUGCCGUUCUGGAGACGGAUGCUCGAUCCGGUAAUUCUCAUGCACAUAGCCUAUGGAACAGCGGCCCUUGCAUCUCUGGCGGCGUGGAUCACCAUCGUGUCGCUGACUCGGGACACUAAGUCUUCGAGUACAGGCUACAUUCACACUGGCCUUACAUUGCGACUGUUCGAAUUUGUUCUCGGAGCACUUGUCCCCGUUCGAUAUAUGGCUUUUCCGCCAAGUGUACCUGCGAGGCAGGAGAGACUCAGCAAAGACAGCAAUGGAGUUUACAGACCUAAGAGGGAUGCUUGGUUGCGACGUGAAAAUGGACCGGUGACAUGGAAGGACGCUUUUGAUCUGGGUCUGAUUUUGUUGGUCGACUGGCUGUGA